AUGGAACUCAAGCCUGACAAUGUGCUAUUUGACGAAGGAAAUGCCACACAGACCAUUCAGGAGCUUCUUGUCCGAAGUCUUCAGAUUGUCGACACACAAUGGACCAAUAGAAAACCUCCGACGAGAACAAUUAGUGCAUAUGCUUUGCGUGCUCCAGAAGUUAUCCUUGGCGCUAACUAUCAUACCAAAGAUGAUAUAUGUGCGCCCGGCCGUAUGGUGUCAUAUCAUGUAUCCAAUGCGCUUCUCACUGGACGCUGGCUGUUCAACCCUCAAGGAGGCCAGACUUGGUGUAUCGAAGAUCUGGCCAAGAUAGCGGAGCUGAUGGGGAAGGAUUCCUCUGAGAAGAUCCUUGCGAGGUCCCGCAAGCGUGAUGAAUACUUUGACGAGAGCGGUCGGUGCACCUCUCCUCGUGGCGUCCACUUCAUUUCUGUUGAACAUAGUUUGCUCAUAUCCGUAUCAGGGAAAUUACUGCGUAUCGACCAACUAUUCCCGAUGACUCUUGAGAGCGCAAUGAUGAAGUAUGGUCUGACGGAAGCUGCAGCGUUCAACCACGCGUGUUUGUACUUUCCAGAUGAACGAUCUUCAGCCAGUGAUUUGCUUGGACAUCCAUGGCUGGAGUCUACAUAUACGUGCUCGAUAGAGAACGUGCAGAACUGGCUAUUUGAUCCUUCUCGUAUUGAAAAUAGCCCAACAAUGUCGGACUGUUCAAAGGAGGAAGUGUGUGGCUUCAUUGAGCAGUCCGACGUUACUGUUGUUCGCGAAGAAUGCCAGCGGAGUUCACUUCGCCAUUAUUAA